CCUCCAGUCCUGUCCCUCCCCUGUGAAGCGGCUUCAUCCCAGUCCUCUCAGCGUGAGUCCGAGCCUCGAACUUGAGCCUCUGCAAAAAUUGCAGCGUUGGCGGGUUAGUGAUGCUGAAUCCAAACUGCUGUGAGCGGUCGUGGAUGGAGUCAGUGACCUUUGAUGAUGUGGCUGUGAACUUCACCCUAGGAGAGUGGGCUUUAUUGGAUUCUAGUCAAAAGAAGCUCUACAGAGAUGUGAUGACAGAAACCUUUAUGAACCUGAUCUCCAUAGGUAAAACAAAGGAAAAAGAAAAUAUUGAAGACAACUACCAAAAUCUCGGGAAAAAUGUGAGAACUCAGGUGGUUGAGAGAAACUGUGACUAUGGAGAUGGUGGUCAGUGUGGAGAAACCCAGCACCAGAUUCCAGAGCAUAUUGUUCAAAGAGACAUGCUUCCUGAAGUAACAAUAUAUAAAAAUGGUGUGCUUGCAAGAGACAUCAUUGUUCAUUCAUCCUCACAUGUACACCCCAGCUAUGAAAUUACAGAGAAACCCUAUGGGUCUCAGGAACAAGUGGAGAAAACUUUUACACAUGAGAAAUGUUGGAAAGAUUUGACUUAUUCUGAGUCCUUUCAGGCAAAUCAAAGUCUUCCUAGAGAGACAGCCUAUCAAAAUAAGCAAUCUAAUGAAGUCUGUAGGAGUCUCAAUUCUGAUCAGUGUUGUGAGAGAAUUCACACUGGAGAUAAACUCCAUGAAUGGAAGCAAGUUGAGAAAGCCUUCUGGAGGUACAGUUAUGGUCAAAUAUAUGAAAAAAUCACCAUUGGAGAGAAACCGUUUAUGUGUCAACAGUAUGACAAAGCCUUGGUUAAUUCCAGUCAGCUUAUUAAACAUGAAAUAAUUCACCCUGAAGAGAAGUGUUAUACAUGUAAGCAGUGUGGGAAAGCAUUCAGAUAUUCCUCAUCCCUCCAGAACCAUGAAAGAAUUCAUAGCGGGGAGAGGCCGUAUGUAUGUAAGCAAUGUGGAAAAGCCUUCAUUCGUUCCUAUGACCUUCUCAUCCAUGAAAGAAUUCACAGUGGAGAAAAACCUUAUACUUGUGAGCAUUGUGGAAAAUCUUUCACUCAUUAUAGUGGCUGGUACAGUCAUGAAAGGAUUCACACUAGAGAGAAACCUUAUGUUUGCACACAGUGUGGGAAAGCGUUUUCAUGUUCUACAUCAUUUCGGAGGCAUGAAAGAAUUCACACUGGCGAGAAACCAUAUAUAUGUAAGCAUUGUGGAAAAGCCUUUACCCAUUCAAGUGCUCGUUACAUUCAUGAGAGAAUUCACACCGGAGAGAAACCCUAUGUUUGCAAGCACUGUGGAAAAGCAUUUCUUCGUGCUAGUCAUCUUAACAACCAUGAAAGAAUUCACACUGGGGAGAAACCCUAUGUUUGUAAGCAUUGUGGGAAAGCCUUCAUCCAACGUGAUGCUUGUUAUAAUCAUGAAAGAAUUCACACUGGAGAGAAACCAUAUGUAUGUAAGGAAUGUGGUAAAGCAUUUAGGAUUUCCACAUCCCUUCGUGACCAUGAAAGAAUUCAUACUGGAGAAAAACCUUAUGUCUGUAAUUAUUGUGGGAAAGCAUUUAGGGUUUCCACAUGCCUUCACAAACAUGAAAGAGCUCACGUGGAAAAGAAACCCAGUGGAUAGGACUUAAAACCAUAUACAUCAUGUGGAAUUGUCUUUGGUCAACUUGCUGUUAUUGUGGGGUAUGAAAAAAAAUGGUGUGGAGGGCCAGUGAGAUGGCUCAGGGGUAAAAGCACUUGCCACUAAGCUUGAUAAACUGAGUUGGGUUCUCAGAACCCAUGUGAAGAGAGAGAACUGAGUCCUCAAAGUUUUCCUCUGACUUGCACAUAUGUGCCAUCAUUUGCAUACACAAUCUCCCACACAUGUAUCAAUAAAGGGGAUAUUUUAAAAUACCUUUUUUUUUAAGACAGGAUUUCUCUCUGUAGCCCUGGCUAUCCUGUAACUUGCUGUAUAGACCAGGCUGGCCUCAGACUUGGAGAUCCACCUGCCUCUUCCUCCUGAGUACUGGAAUUAAAGGUAUGCACCACCACAGCCUAGCUUUAAAAUACAUUUUCACGAUUUUUUAAAAUUUUUAAUUAUGUGUAGGUGUGUGGGUAUGUGCAUGUGAGGGUUAGUGUGUACAGAGGCCAGAGGUGUCAGAUUCCCUUGGAGCUGGAGUGACAGGUGGUUGUGAGUGACUACCUGGUGUGAGUGCUGGAAAUCCCAUAAGUAUAAUAUUUUUAUAAAAGUCUGGAAAAAGCUGGAAUAGGAGGCCUGACAACGUGUAAAUUCAGACAUGUCCAAAAUGUGACAUUGGAUGAAAACCAUUUCUGUCAAAUGUGCUAAGGCACAUUUUUUUUAUACUAUGUUUUACAUAGAUUACAAUUUAUGAAGAUUACAUUUUUGUAGGUGUAUGUACUUGCGUGUACACAUGCUAGAGUGCACAUGUGGAAGUGGACAGCUUUCAGGAGUCUCUUCUGCUGUUCCCACUAUGUAGGUCCUAAGAAGGAACUCAGGUCGUCUGAGUUCAAAACAAGUACCUUAACCUGUGAACAGUCUUGCUGGCCCUGGUGCAUGUCUUUUACUCACUAGGGAAGUAGAGGCUAGAGAGUUACAACAUCGAAUACAGUUAGGAACACUUUCCAACUGAAUGAAAAGUUCAGCACUAAAAGUAUAAGCUGUAUGUUGUCUCAAAUAAAGUGAAAGGGAAUUUUCUUCUGUAUGUUGUAAAAGUAAGAAAUUUGAACACUCUGAGCAAUUGUAUUCUUUUGAAAGUGUGAUUUUGUGGAAUUUGUGGAAAAUGUUGACAUGAUUUUGCCUGUCAUCUAUCUUUGGAAAAACUGAGGCUGUCAAAAUAUUGUCUUGAAGAACAACAAUAGCAACAGUAUAAACUAUAUGUAUUGAUGUCUUUUAGUUUGAUAAAUCAAGUUUUGUAUUGAAAUAAGAUCUUUGCGUGAAAAAAGAUGUUUAAACAUG